UCACCCCAUGACCCAGGGGCAGAGAAGCAGUCAAGGCUUGACUGAAGAUAGUUGGAAGGAUUGACAUGUUGGAUCUUUGCGAGUCUUUGUGAAAAGUCACGAUGGAUGUGCUUGGGCCUGUUCAUUAGGGUUUAGGGCGAUCAGGUCUUUUUGUAUCUGAGGGAUGAGAACAGAAAGGAGUUGUCAGAGAGCAGCUGUCACAGAAGUGGAUUUGUGGAUUUCAGGCCGGGCUGAGUAAUAUUGUGCAAAAGAAAAAAAAAAGGACCAGUUGUGAAUCCUUCGAAAAUUUAAAUUUCAUCUGUGUGCCCCACUGUAUGACCUAAACCACUGUAUGACCUAAACCACUGUAUGACCUAAACCACUGUAUGACCUAAACCACUGUAUGACCUAAACCACCGUCCUCUGUGUGUAUUUGUCUGGGUCACAGACGCAGAGAGAGAGAGGGAGAGAGAGAGUGUGAGACAGAUAGAAAGGGAAUCCAAUCUGACAUCUGGUUAGAGCCUAGAUGAAAAUCCUGAUUGAGAAGCGGCCUAUCGGGAUUUAACCAUCGCCAUUAUGAUUAUGUUCCAGAAACAUCCGCUCAUGUGAUGUUUAUGUGCUUAUGUGCUGUUUGCUUGGGCGAGGACAGAACCAAUCCCACUCAGACCUGAUGCAUGCGUGGCUGUCGAAUAGCCUAAAUAGUGGGGAUUAUUCUCCCUAUUCUCCCUCCCAUCUCUCUCUCUGUCUCUUCCUGUUUGAGCCCUCUGCCUCUCAGCUGCAUCCGUCCCUGCUGCUGGACUGACAGCAGGCAUGAACACAACAGGAGUACACCAUGGCUUCCUGAGAAAGUAUGGGGGCUUCAUGUUCAAGCAGUGGAAGGAGAAGUACCUGGUGCUGACAGCAGAGGGCAGUCUCAUGGUGUGUCGGGACGCAGACUCCACCAUUGACCAGGUGGUGGCGCUGCAGAGCAGCUGUGAGGCCAUCGUGGAGGGGAAGGAGAUCCUGGACCUGCCCAGGCUUCCCCCGGGAGCCAGGAGAGACUGCUGCUUUGCCCUCAUCCUCCCCCAGGACAAGUUCCUCCUGCUCCUCUGUGACAACCCAGAGGACUGCAGUCUCUGGCUGAAGUUGCUGAGGAAAGUGAGAGAGGGUGUGAUGUCCCCGCUCACUCUGCAAAGACAGCAGAGUUUGACCCCAUGCAUCACUGACCGUGACCCCCUUCCAGACACUCCCAGUGAGAAGGAGCCCCAGUCCCCCCGAGCCAUCAAAGCCACGCCCCACACCUCACGGAUUGCUGAAAGAGGAGGUUCCUUCAAGGAGCGAGGCCAAAGUUUUGGAAACGGAUCAAGACGUUCAACAAUAAGGAGCGCCUCCAUCGCCCCUCCUCACCGCACGUCGGACUGCCUUCGCCAUGGCAACAGCAGCGAUGCCCGGGCAGUUCGGGCGGUGUGCCUGCUAAUGGGAGGGGCCGCUGCCUCCUCAGCCCUGGGAUACCUCAACUCCUGCGCCCCCACCUCCCCUCUGGCCAGCAGGCCUCCAGAGCUCCCUCACAGCACGGCGUUCUCUGACAUGGCCACCGGGGGGCCCUACCACGCCUGCAGCCAAGCCGCCGACUCCCCCCACUUCAACAGCUUCGACUUUGAGGGAGACUCUGACUUUGACGCUUUUGAUUGCGGAGGAUUUGCUUUUUAGAGUUUAUCUUUACUUUUCAUUUUUUUCAU